UCACUCCGGGAACGAAAUCUCCCGUGACUCCGAUAAAUACCGACGGCGAAUCCGCGGGGUCCGUUACUCUCUCUCUCUCUUCAUUUCUCCUCUCUUCAGUCGGCUGCCAUUCACAUGAUCUCGCUCCGGUCCUCGAUCGUCCAAAUGCGCGUGACAUGGUUGCCGGAAUCCAACUGACGGCCUCUCCAGCCCGACGAUCAGCGAUCGAAUUCCGAGCAGCGUUUGUAUCAGCUGAUCUUAUCGGAGGAUAUGGGGAAGAAAGGGAGCAGCUGGUUCUCCUCUGUCAAGAGAGCCUUCAGAUCUUCUCCAAAGGAAUUGCCUGAGAAGAAGAGGGAAGGCAGGGAGAAAUGGCAGCAUGAGGCCCCUGAGGUGGUUUCAUUGGAGCAUUUCCCAGCAGUGGAGAGCUCUCCCGAUGUCACGAACGAGCAGGAGAGUGUCGCAUCAUCGCCGACGAUCGAGGACAGGAAUCAUGCAAUUGCCGUGGCUGUGGCAACUGCAGCUGCUGCCGAGGCUGCAGUGGCAGCAGCCCAGGCGGCUGCCAAGGUUGUCCGGUUGGCCGGCUACGGUCAGCACUCUCGAGAAGAAAGGGCUGCCAUUCUCAUCCAAUCUCACUACAGAGGCUACUUGGCGCGAAGGGCACUGAGAGCUUUGAAGGGGCUGGUGAGGCUGCAAGCGCUGGUGAGGGGCCACAACGUGCGGAAGCAAGCGCAGAUGACUAUGCGGUGCAUGCAGGCACUCGUGCGAGUCCAGGCCCGGGUGAGGGCCCGCAGGCUCCAACUCACCCAUGACAAGCUCCAGGACCUAGGUAACAUGGAGGAUCAGGAAUAUGAAGAAGAGGAAGAGGAGGAAGAAGAAGUUGCAGCUGGGAGAAGAAAGCUGCAGCAGAGCCCAGCGGUGACGAGCAAGUAUGAGGCGAGGAAGAACUGGGAUCAUCGUAUUGGUGGGGGCAGCCAUCAGAGCUCUAACGUACAGAGGGUGAAGGACAGCACUACUAGGCAGCAUGAUGCUGUGGUGAAGAGGGAGAGGGCUCUUGCUUACGCUUAUCCCUGCCAGCAGCAACUGGGACAAGCCGACCCGGCCGAAGCAGAAGCCGAGUUAUACGGGAACGAACAGGAGAAGGCCCAGUGGGGAUGGAAUUGGCUGGAGCGAUGGAUGUCCUCACAGCCUCACCACGUCCGUCAAUCAGCCUCCCGGGGCAUCUCCUACGUGGCCAUCCCCACCACGGUAACCGCCACGACGACCGCCACCACUGCAGAUGACGUCUCCGAGAAGACGGUGGAGAUUGACACCCCCACCACGGACAACACCAGCCCCUACGCUCCGGGCCGUCACCACCGGCAGAAAUCCGGCUCGAACAGCGGCGGCUCAGUGCCGAGCUACAUGGCCCCGACACAGUCGGCGAAGGCCAAGGUCCGGGGCCAGGGAGCCACGCCGAAGCAGCAGCGAAGCCCGAGUGGGCCGCAGUGGAACUCGUCCACGAGGAGAGGAUCGAGCUUCAGCGGACCGGGCUUUGACUCGUCUAGCUCAGGAACGAUGAGCAGCUCCACUUACCAGGCGCCGAGAAGCCCGAGCCCCAAGGUAAAUGGGCCCCACCGACGGGCUGCAGCAAAUUAUGGGCCGGAGCCCAUUUAUAUGGAUGAGUGGAUGUUGCCCGCCGUAGGGCAUAGCCCGACUUGGAGGCAUGAUUUUGCCUGAUUCACUUCGGCCUUUUUCGAUCCUUCACCAGCACCUCGCCCCCUCUCUCUCUCCCUUCCUCCCAACCCACCCCGUCCCCUCCCAUUUCUCUCCUUCUCUCUUCAAAUUUAUAUAUUUCAAAAAUUUUCCGGCCUAUUUCAAUUUCUUGAAUAAGGACCUUUUUUAUUUAUUUUUUAUUUUUCCACGUGAAGUGAUGUGAACGUCGACCUCCACUGUUGUUUGUCAAUGAAUAUACUGCUUAUGACUGCUA